GGGAUGUGGAGUGGGGUGUGUGUGGGGGGGAAGAUAGUAAAAGAGAAAAAUCUUCAGAUUUUCCACAAACCUGACCGGAAUAGCAGGCAACUUGAGGUUUGACAAUGUAGCUAUUGAGCUCUUUCGCAUCGUCUAAAUGGCUUCUUUGGAUUUACCGGUAUGUGGUAAGAUUGGGGCGCAGCGACCGAGACGUUUUACUCAAACAUCUGAACUAUUCCGGACGAAUUCGCCUGAAACCACAACAACAUCUGAUUCCGUCGACUUAAGGCAUGUUACCUUCACCCCAGGUGUGUUUGUCCACCUUGGUGACGGUGAGCACAAUGGCUGUGCUUGACCUCUAUCUCCUAGAACAGAGCAUGCUGGGGCGUGGGAGUCGGGCUUGGCCGGCAGCAUGGGCAUGCACAGCUGUUGGGUUGGGUGACCUGGGCUUCCUUCUGGCACUUCGCUUUGUGUCAGCUGGUGUUGCGUCAGAAGCUCGCUCGCCACGGCGUGCUUUUGCCAGCGCUCUCUGGUUCUUGUUCCUGUCCUUGCUGGAACUCAAGCUUUUCUUCGUGUGCCAGAACUACAGGCAUGAACGGCGGCCAGCAGACCCAUUGGCACGCAAGACCCUCACUCUUCUGCUCUCAGUGGGGCUGCCCUCGCUCUUUCUAGUACUGACAGGAGCUGAGCAUGUAACACCAGCACACAGGAAGCAGGAGGUUCGUGCCAGGCUCCUUUGGGUGGCCUUAGACCUGCUGGAUGUGCUAGACCUGCAGGCUGGCCUGUGGGAGGAGGCUCAGAGUGGUGCAGUGGUCCCAUUAUGGGUUGAUGGGGUCAUCUUCUUCUACUGCUAUGUGCUGCUGCUUCUCUUGCCUUGUGUCUCACUUACCGAGCUGGCACUACCAGGGCUGAGGAGAGCACGCAGGGAAGCUGUGUACCCGUGGCUCAGUCUGUUUGCCAUCAAUGUGAUGACACUGGGGCUCAGAGCUGUGGGUGUACUCUGGUAUAGGGACCCAAGGAUAUCCACAGUGUUUGUGGGGAAGAAUGUGCUGGCACUGGCUCUCAAGCUUAGAUCAGCGUGGGACAUGCACAGAAACAGUAACAGUGGGGGACAAGGAGAAGGAGGUGAGGGUGGCGGGAGAAACCAGAGCUUGGGGAUGGAUGCAGAACAAAUGGAACAAGGACAGAGCAGUGGCACAAUUCCAACCACUCGAGACCACGCACUCCUACGCACUCAUGGCCAAUGCCAAAGCCAUACAAGGCCGGAUCAUGCUGAUAGCUCCAGGGGGUCUGCCUAUAUUUCACAAGAGCUCUAGGUGUACUGAUCAGCCACUGUGGAUAAGCAACAAUGACAGACUUUUUGGUCACCAGUCAUCCUUUUGGUCUGGAUUUUGGCCAAAAACCAUGUAAUAACUAUUCUUCUGAGCACACAUUCUCUAAUAGACAGUUGCAUUCUGUUUAAUCCUGUUUAAUUCACUAUCACUAUCAAGUCAUUUCUGUUAUCCAGUGCCUAUUCUAUCUCGAAGAAAAAAAAAAAUCUAUUAGAAUUAUUUAGAAUGCUUUCCACAUUUUCACACAAAAGAGAAACAGCAAUGUUAAUAUAAAAUUUUAUUUUGUGUGCGUUUUUUAUGCAGAUGGUAUUUGCUUGUUCCCAGCAUUGAUUUCUACCAGGUUAGUAAAAAAAAAAAAAUUCCUCUCAUCAUCUUUCCUAUAUGCAUUCGAUGGGUGAAUUUUCUAUGCUGGUUAAGGUACACUCUUUUCAUUUUUAAUAUUGCAAUGCUUUAUCAGGACUGUUUGCUUCCCAUCAUACACAUUCUACCCUGUUAGACCAAAUUAAGUUAUAUUUUUUAGCGUUUUAAACUGUUAGAGACUAAUGUUAUUGUUAAUUAUAUCAUAGCCAAUCCAGUCUUCAUGAUUUCACCCUGUUAGGAUUGUGCUUCACACAUGAAUCACAAAUGUUCAAUUUGAAUCACCAAUGUUUUUAAAAUGUUUAGUAAUAUAAAUAUUAUGCAUUUUCAUACACUUUUAUACUUUUUCACAUUUCUGUUGAGCAAAUAUACAGUAUGUUAAGCUUAUAAACAUUGGUAAAAAAAAACGUGUUUUAAAUCUGUUAUUAUUAAGUAGUCUUUUUUAAUUCACUGAUUAUGUAUUAGACAAAUCAAAUCAAAGUGCAUGAAACUGAAACAUCAUUCACUGCUUGGUAAUUAAAAAAAAUAGACCCAUAAAACAAACAUGGCUCUGAUAGAACAAUGGGCACCUAACACAUUGAAAAAACUUGAUCUAUUCACAUCACUAUUUUUUUUUACGUUAUUACAUUUCCAGAAGGUUGUCCACAUGAUUCCAAGAGGAUCGGAGUCUAUGAAUUGAAAACAUUUUUGUUACGAAUUAAACCCUCGAGAUAUCGUAUAUCGAGAUAUAAGUGUGCUUAGUAAGGAUUUAAAAGAGAAACAAAAUAUCGUAAAUAUAGAGUAAUUCAUUAUAAAUACAUUAGGAAAGAAACACUAUGGAAUUUGAUACUAAAUACAUAAAUAUGGGUCUAUUUUUAAAUUCAUUGUAUUAUCAGAUUAAAGUCAACUAAAUAGUCAUUUUACCCCAUUUAUAAAAAAGUAUCUUAAUCACAGACACUGCAGAUCUGGACAGAUUUUUUUUAAAUAGAUAAUGUUAUGAAUUACAAUCAGCUUAUGCUUCAAACCACUCCCAUGUUUCCCUUACAGAAAGACAUAAAUGAACAAAACCCUGUCAUUUGAACUUUUCUUAUUAGAAUUUUUAAAAUCUAAUGAAAUCACCUAAAUCUUACACACGAUAACACAUGCACAUGUGCAUACAGGAUGUGUUGGAUCAAGUGCUGCUUUAUAAGCUGCCAGGUAACUGGGGUGGAAGCCAUAUUGUUAAGUUAGAACAAAUUUCCAGUGAUUAAUAUGAUAAUUAGCUUAACUGUGAUUAUUCAUGCAGAAAUACAUUGGCUAUAUACUACAUUCCUGUUAGAUGUUCAAAUCAGUGCUUACCAUUGCUCCUGAACUAUGGACAUACAAUAAAAGUUUUCAUGCACAUGUCAUGAGAAUAAAAUGUACACUUUAGAAAUGCAGCAAAUUAACUGCCUUCUUAUGAGCAUCAAUUAAACCUAAGCUUAUUGAUUCUUUUCACCAAUUUUUUAACUCUACAAUGUGCAGUGUGAAACAUGGCUCUGAAACAUUAGUACUCCACUAUUUUACAAGAACUACAGCCACUCCCAGUAUACUGUCUGAGGGAUUUGCUUUGACAUUCUUGUUCAUUUUUAAAGACAGAUGUGUAAUUUUUUUGGUAAAUCAAAUUUCCCUGUUGUGAAAACACUGCCAGAGUAUUCACAUCAUCAUCAUCAUCAUCAUUAUUAUUGUCAUCCAUAAUAGAUUGUUUAAAUGCAUGUGAAAUGGCAUGAAACAAAUAUAUGGGGAGAAAAUGACAGAAAAUGCUGAUUCACUUCAAAUCCCCGUUUAACACAGCUAUUAUCAUAAUUAUCAGUAUAAAAAGUGGCGUGAUUGCUUGUGUAAUUAUGGCAUGAGUCUCAUGCAUGUCUGACUGAAAUGCCAAGAACAAGAAGCCUUAGCAGGUGGUGACAGCAGGUCAUGGCCUGGAGGACUGACAGGUUUCAUUCAAGCUUCUCUUAUUGACCUCAUUAAUUCAAAAAGGACUUUUUGUCAAUUAGCUACGUGUUCACAUGCGGCUUCAUACGUGUGAGGUAUGGCUAAUAUUUGCAGGACGGAUUAAAAUAACACAAAAAAUGGCUGAAAAUGUCGAGGGAAUGGGGUUAUUCAUUACGAUGUAUGAGCAGCACUGCUUUAAGUGUGCCACUUGAAAAGAGAUAGAUUUAAGAUGGAUAAACAAAGGGGGAUUAAAAGAACUGCAGUCUUCAGUCUGCAGUCUCAAGUGUUCAUCUUUGCCUUAUUCUCAAUGGCAAAUACUUUUUCUAGAGCAUUACUCUGGUGAGCCAGGUUUAAAUGAGUCCAAAACAAAAUCCGGCAGCAAAGUACCCAUUUCCUCCAUUUAAGCAUUCAAAGCAUUGUGCACAUUUUUGCUGACAUUCUGUGUAUUGCUGCCAAGCUAGGUCACAGUUUGUGAAACA